UGCGGGCUGUCAGCCUGUCCUCCUUCCGCACACGGGUUUCAAUUUUGGCGCCAAACGCUCUCCUGAAGUUGCAAAGUUAGGGUUUAUUACUCUCUUCGCAUCACUCAAACCCUGAACCAACCCCCAAAUUUCGAAGACAAUUUCUAUUUCAGUCACUUUUUAGGGCCCUAGUCACGGUAUUUACUCCAAUUUCUAGGGUUUUCCCUUUCGAAUUGCGUCGAACUCUGUUUCUGAGCCCAAAUACAUUCUGGGAUGUUCGUCUGAUCAGUUGCUAUAAUGGAAGAGGCUAUUCCAGCUAAUUCUCCAACAAUUAAGCCCAUAAACGAAGGAACAAUUCACAGAAUAUCCGCUGGGCAGGUGAUUCUGGAUCUUCCGUCUGCCGUGAAGGAGCUGGUUGAAAACAGUUUGGAUGCGGGCGCUACCAGCAUUGAAAUUGCCUUGAAAGAUUACGGUGAAGAAUGGUUCCAAGUUAUUGACAAUGGAUGUGGCAUUUCACCCGAUAAUUUCAAGGUUCUCGCACUUAAGCAUCACACUUCUAAAUUAGCCAACUUUCCCGAUCUUCAGAAUUUGACCACUUUUGGCUUUAGAGGGGAGGCAUUGAGCUCCCUCUGUUCACUGGGGAAUUUGACUGUUGAAACAAGAACGAAAAAUGAGUCAGUGGCAACACAUUUAACAUUUGGUCAUUCAGGUUUGCUAACAGCUGAGAGGAAAACGGCACGUCAAAUUGGUACCACCAUCACUGUGAAGAAGUUGUUCUCCAAUUUACCAGUGCGAAGCAAAGAAUUCAGUCGCAACAUACGCAAGGAAUAUGGGAAGCUUAUAUCAUUAUUGAAUGCCUACGCGCUUAUUGCAAAAGGAGUUCGGUUAGUCUGCACCAACACCACAGGUAAGAAUGUGAAGUCUGUGGUCCUUAAAACGCAAGGAAGCGGUUCUCUUAAAGAUAACAUCAUAACAGUUUUUGGAAUGAACACCUUCAGUUGUUUAGAACCUUUGAGUAUAUCUAUAUCAGACAGUUGCAAGGUUGAUGGGUUCCUUUCCAAACCUGGACAGGGUAGUGGACGCAAUUUGGGAGAUAGACAAUACUUAUAUGUAAAUGGUCGACCGGUGGAUAUGCCAAAAGUGAGCAAGCUUCUGAAUGAGCUAUAUAAAGGUGCAAACUCUCGGCAAUACCCCAUUACAAUUAUGAAUUUUACAGUUCCAACAGAAGCAUGUGAUGUCAACGUAACCCCUGAUAAAAGGAAAAUAUUUUUGUCUGAUGAAAACUCCAUGCUGCAUGCUCUGAGGGAGGGUUUACUGCAUAUUUAUUCCCCGAAUAAUGCUUGCUACUCUGUUAACAAGGUUGAGGAACAUGUGAAAGAAGCUGAUUGCUCUAUCUUGUGCUCUCCUAUUCAGAAAUCUCAUAUAUUGUCAAAACAGCUUUUAUCAGAUGAUAAUCAACCUAGAGAAGUUAAAAUUGUUGAACACACUGGAGUGAUUGAUGGUAAUAAAGAAACGGUUGAAAAUGAAUUGAGUAUGGUUUGUGUUGGAGAAGAAUUGGAUCACAUUGGUAAUAAGAAGUUUGUGGUGAAGGACUUUGCUCUCAGAGAACAUGGCAAUAAAAAGGAUGAUAAAUUGCAAAAAUGUGAUGGCAAGCAAUUUGCCACUCACCUUAGUAAAACAACUAAUGCAGAAGCUUUGUCGUCUUCCCUAAGAACUGUUGAGAAAGGCAUUGCUGAACAUAGAGACUUGAUGGACCGUUCAAGUCGGGUUCAGUCAUCGCUUAACCAGUUUGUAACUGUAAGUAAGAGGAAAUACGAUGACAUUAGUUCAGCAAUAUCUGAGUUGCCUAUCCUCAGAAAUCCAUCCCUUCAAUGUCAAAUGAAAGAAAAUGGUUCUAAGAUGGAAUCUGCUCAAAAAAGUAUCCCAGUCAAGUGUUACCAGGUUGAUGAUUCUGCUGAAACAAACAAGAAAGAGUCAUCCAAGCAUCACAGCAUGGGAAUGCUUCUCAAUAAAAUUAGAGAUUCACUCUCUUCCAGAACUGCUAAUAAUGCCAAAUCUACAGAGGAUUUGGAUGACAAACAAAUUGCAUUGCCUCCUGGUGUGGCACCAGCUGUUCCGUCUAGCGAGAAUCUUGAAACUUUGCCCCAAAAUCAUGCUGUUGCUGAUGCUCCAUUGGCUUCUCGUGGUUCAGCCUUGGACACUUCAGCGCCACCUUCUGGUCAAAAGAUGUGUUUCACCUUGCAAUUUAGCUUUCAAGAACUGCGGACAAGAAGGCAGCUGAUGCUGUCAAGAAUAAAAUCGAACAGCUAUGCGUAUGAAGGCGUGAAGAUGAGAAGGUGUUAUGCUGCUUCCACGCUGGAGCUUUCUCAGCCAGAUAAUGAGGAGCGAAAAGCGAGAGCUUUAGCCGCAGCUACUAUGGAGUUGGAAAGGCUUUUCAAGAAAGCAGACUUUGCUAGAAUGAAGGUGAUUGGGCAAUUCAAUCUAGGAUUUAUCAUUGGAAAGUUAGAUCGAGAUUUAUUUAUUGUUGAUCAGCAUGCUGCUGAUGAAAAAUACAAUUUUGAGCGCCUGUCACAAUCGACCAUCUUGAACCAACAGCCUUUGCUUCGGCCACUGAGGUUGGACUUAUCACCAGAGGAAGAAGUGGUCGCUUCAAUGCACAUGGAUACUAUCAGGAAAAAUGGAUUUGUUUUGGAAGAGGAUCCAUGUGCUCCUCCUGGGCAACAAUUUAAAUUAAAGGCUGUUCCCUUCAGUAAAAACAUUACUUUUGGGGUUGAAGAUGUCAAGGAUCUGAUCUCUACUCUUGCCGAUAGCCAAGGGGAAUGCUCAUUAAUCAGUAGUUACAAAAUGGACACUACUGAUUCUGUUUGUCCAUCAAGAGUUCGUGCAAUGCUGGCAUCGCGUGCUUGUAGAUCAUCUGUUAUGAUUGGAGAUCCGCUUGGGAGAAAUGAGAUGGAGAAGAUACUUGAACAUUUGACCGAUCUGAAGUCGCCUUGGAAUUGCCCUCAUGGCAGACCAACCAUGCGUCACUUGGUGGACUUGACAACCAUUUACAGAAAGUCUGUUGAAAAUGAUGCAACCGGUUGAUGGAAAUUUCCAGUACUGUUACUUAUUUUCAGAAAACUCGCGAAAUCAGCAUAUUCAUAUUCCUAGACAAGCUCUCAGUUCUUGUAUAGGGACUGCAUUUCUGGGCGCCUCUGUAAGUUUCUAUCAUUAUUCAUUUCUCUUUAAUAUAUAUGUCAAGUUGAGCCCCUUGCCCUUAGCUGAACAACCCUUCAUUUUGUGUGAAUAUGUCUGGAGUCUUCAUGUCAUGUCGGACAUGGACAUUGGACUCGAAUGUUAAGGCUCCUUCAUUUUGUGUAAAUAUGUCUGGAGUCUUCAUGUCGGACUCGGAUAAGUAAGAGAAUUGCCCUAUAUUGAACAAAAAUAGUUCAAUCCGGUA